AUGCCAGAACGUUCAACAGGUUCGAUGAUCUUCAUCGGCGAGCGCUGCGCGUUCGAUGAAUGCCAUCGCGAAGACUUCCUCCCCUUCAAGUGUGGCGACUGCCGCCAGCACUACUGCUCAAACCACUUCCGGCCGCAGGCGCAUCGUUGCUCUCACUAUGACGAUAAGGAUCUCGACUACCGCGUACCUCUGUGCCCAAUCUGCGACCAGCCUCCGCAGGGGUGGCAGCGCGACCAGGAUCCGAACAUUGCCAUGGAUCGUCACCUCUCCGGCCAAUGUCCCAUGCUCGACAGCAACGGCCAUCUCAAGCCAGACGCUUCUUCCCCCGCUGCGCUCAAGAUGAAGAGGGUCAAGAAGGCAAACGAAUGCUCGUUCGUCAAGUGCUCCAAGAUCAUGGUCGUGCCCAUCCAGUGCCCACAGUGCGCCGCGUCCUUCUGCCCCUCUCAUCGCGCACCCAACCAGCACAGCUGCCAGCAUUCGUCAUCUUCCUCUCCGUCCGCGUCCUCCGCUCGCAUCGCAUCCACGGCUCCAGCAAGCGGCAGCGGCGGCAUCAAGAGCGCAUUCCAGAAUCUGAAGAUCAGCACACCGCAGCUCGGAUCCAGCAGCAUGCCCACCAAGAGCACCGGCUCGAAACUAUCCGCCACCGCGCCGAAACCGACCGCCGCAAGCUCGACCUCGCAACCAUUUGGAAAGAUGUUUGACAAGUCAGAAAAACGCGCCAAAGCAGAGAGGCUGUCCGCCAUCCGCGCCAUGCAGGCGCGCCAGCGCAAAGGCAUCCUAUCCGAUGCAGACACCGUCAGGCUCGCCGAAGAAAUGGCAGCCCUGUCCAAGACAGAGAGAAUCAAGGCUUCGGAUUCGGAUUGCUCCGUCAUGUGA